UCAUUAGAAUCUCCGCCCCAAUUCUGUCCCAUAACAAACACUACACUACUCUACUCAUGAUUUAUAGUUAGAUUCACUGCCUCCUACCUAUCUCACUCUCAAUCCACCCACCUUCGCCACUUUUUAUGCUUUUGUAGUUCAACACACAUGAUGAGUGCAACUGCCAAUGGGACGACCCACCCUGACAAAAACAUCAUCUCAACCGGGGAACAACCCUCACCCCACACCACUCCCAGUCCCACCUCCAAACUACGGAGAAAGGCAGCCACCACCACUGCCAAGUCACGAGGCUUCUGCAGGCGGAUCAGCGACUGCAUCGUUAUGGGACCGGCUGCCUCACAUCAUGUCCAUCAAAAGCAACACGGAACAGAAAAGCUCGACCAACUUGUGCAACAGGUGGAGGAUAUUGAGAAGGCACUCCAGAAGCAGAAAGAGGUGAAAGAUAUGUACAAGAUGAGGCUGGAGAAAACACAAGUCUUCCUCAAAUACUGUCUCCAAGUGGCACAGGACAAUGGUUUCUUGGAACUUAUAGUUAACAAGGAUAAAGAUGAAGACUUGUCUCUUUCUCCCACCAUAACUACCCACUCUACUACUCUCACUCCUCAAUUAUCCCCAUCUCCACGACAAUUUCAUCCUCAUCUUGCUCCCCUCAUACGUCAAGCCAAGAUCAAUGGAUGGUAUAUCGACCCUCAAGAGAUUGAAAUACUCCAUCUAUCAGCUCAAGGUAGCACCGCAGACAUAUACAGGGGGAAAUGGCGAGGGCUCGACGUUGCAAUUAAGUGCAUGUACCCCGAUUUCUUUAGAUCAAACGAGAAUGGUGUCAGCUUCUUUGCACAAGAAGUGGAGACUCUAUCGAGGCAGCGCCAUCCCUUCGUGCUGCAGUUGAUAGGAGCCAGUCUUGAUCCUCCUGAAAAUUGCUGGAUUGUGACACAAUUUUUAAGCACCAACUUGAAAGAUUGGCUGCAUGGCCCUGGAAAAAGGCAGAAGGAAAGAACAAUUCCUCUUCCACCACUCAAGGAUAGAAUUGCAAAGGCACUUGAAAUUUCCCAGGCAAUGCAGUAUCUUCACGAGAGCAAGCCCAAGAUUCUCCACCGUGAUCUGAAGCCAAGCAACAUUUUCUUGGACGAUGCUUUGCAUGUCAGAGUAGCUGAUUUCGGGCAUGCCCGCUACUUGAUCGAUGGAGAAAAGGCACUAACAGGAGAAACUGGUACGUUCAUUUACAUGGCACCUGAGGUGAUCCAGUGCGGUCCUUAUGAUGAAAAAUGUGAUGUUUAUAGCUUUGGCGUCAUGUUGAACGAGUUAAUCACCGGCGAAUACCCUUACAUUGAGACAAAUUAUGGUCCUGCCAAGAUAGCCCUGGAAGUUGCAGAAAAUGGACUGAGGCCAACAAUUGCAAAAGUGGAUGAGCAAAUGGAAGUUCUGAUUCAACUUAUAGAACAGUCAUGGCAUCAUGAACCUGCAGCUAGACCCAAUUUCAGCGACAUUACGUCCACUUUGAGAGUUAUCGAGAAGACGUUAAAUGAUUGCUCGGAGUAGCCUAGCAUCAAAUUCUUCUCUCUCUCUCUCUCUUGUUCCUUCUAUAAAGUAACACUACAAAGUUUUGGUUGUUGGGAUGACUAGGAAUACUAUGAAGUUUUUCUGCA